CUUUGAGCCUCUUAGUGGAAAUGACCCAGCAGGAUAUUACACCAAACUUGAUCACUUACAACACUUUGAUUCACGGAUUAUGUAAUUUAGGCCGGUGGGAGGAAGCAACAAGAAUUUUGCGAGACAUGCCAGACAAGAAUGUUUUUCCAGAUGUUCUUACAUUUAAUACAUUGAUAAAUGCAUUCUGCAAGGAAGGGAUGACAACAGAAGCAGAGAAUGUUCUUGAAUUCAUGGUCCAAAGAGGUGUUGGUCCCGAUGUAGUCACAUACAGUACACUCAUGGAUGGUUAUUGCUUGCUAGGUCGCAUGGACAAAGCAAUAGAAGUCUUUCAUUCCAUGGUGGAUAAGGGCAUUGAACCGAACAUUCUUUGCUAUAACAUUUUGAUCAAUGGAUAUUGCAAAAAAAUGAAAAUUGAAAAGGCCAUGAAUGUUUUCCGUGAAAUGCCUCGUAAAGGAUUGAAACCCACAAUUGAUACUUACAAUACUAUGUUGCAGGGAUUGUUUGGGGUUGGUAGGUGUUCUACUGCUCAAGGACUUCUUAAUGACAUGCAAGCUAAUGGUCAGACUCCAAAUUAUUAUACUUAUUGUGUCCUGCUGGAUGGAUUAUCCAAGAAUGGCCGUAUUGAUGAAGCGUUGUUGUUAUUUCAAGAGCUGGAAUGCAGUGGCAUAAAUCCUGGUAUUACUAUGUACAACAUAUUAAUUGAUAGAUUGUGCAAAGAUGGGAAGCUUGAGAUGGCAAGGAAUCUAUUUGGUAAGCUUGAUUCUAAAGGUUUGCAACCUGAUGUUCGCACUUUUACUAUGAUGAUAGGUGGAUUUUGUGAACAGGGGCUAUUGGGUGAGGCAAAUGAUUUACUUGUGACGAUGGAAGGGAUGGGUUGUAUGCCUAAUCAUGCAACUUACAAUGUUAUGGUCCGUGGAUUCCUUAAAGCAAAUGACUACACUGAAGCAAAUAUACUUGCAGAAAAAAUGAUUGGGAGGGGCUUUUCAGCAGAUGCAUCUACUUUGGGUACAGUAGUGGAUCUACUCUCAGCUAAAGGUCAAGAUCCUACUCUCUUUCAUAUGAUUAAAAAAUUGGUUCCCCGGGAUAACACUAAAGGAAUUUGUUAAGCUAUCAACACGGAUGCUAUCUUUGGUGCUCAUAUGUCUACUUAGAAUUUGCUAGAAAAAAGGAAUCGAAGAUCAUUUAAGGACGAGGAAUUGAUGGGUUCUACUUUGAAACAGUUGAUGCUUGGUUGAUUGCUUGCACACGAUGCUAUUUACAAUGUUAUUGUCCACUGCCAAGGACAAAUCUGAGGUAGAAGAUGCUAUAAAAUCAAUCUUAUGCGCAAUGAAUUGGGGCUUGAGAUCAUUUUGGCAGGAUUCAAAAAGUCAAUUUGGAUACUUCUCUUGAUUCAUAUGCAAACAUGGAAGAAAGUCUAAGAAGUAAUAGAUUCUCAACAAAGUUUGAAUCCAUCUACUGCCAGAGGUCAGUUUUACAAAGGUUGAAGGUUACAUGGAAAUCAUUGUGUUAAUGGUUACAGAGACAAGUAAGUACUAUUAGAAGGCGAUAGUAUUUAGGCCUCGUUUGGCAAGUAGUUGUUUUAGCCUAAAAACCAAAAAAUUAC